AUGCAGCAGGCUCAACAGGCACAGCAGCAGCAGCAACUCCAACAGUUACAGCAGCAGCCAAGAGUCUCCUCGGUGGCGACCAUGUCGAUUCAGGGGAUGGUGGCCCAACAGGCCCCGACUCCACAGCCGACUCUGACAGCUGCAACCAAUGCCAUGCGCUCUCAGAACACCCCAAUGCCACAGCUGCAGGUGAUCAGCCAGCCAUUACACCAGCAGACCUAUGUGCCACAGUUCCAGGGCUACGCACAGCCCUUCAUGCUGCAGAAUGCAAAUGCUCUGG